AAAAAGGACUUGAAUUUGAAAAAAGCUUGGUAGAAGAACUCGAUAACAACAAAACCACAUUGCUUGAUUUUGUUAGAAGACUUGCUGAAGAAAAGGUAAAAAAUAUGAAGUUGGUAGAGCAAUCAGAGGAGGAUAAACAAACUUUGAAAAAUCUUAAUGAAAGACUAGUAGAAGAAAAACAAAACAGUUUGAAAAUUUACCUAGAUAAACCUUUACCUAAAUUACCAAACAAGUUCAAAACCUUUAAGAGAAAAGUAAAAACUAAAUUCCAACACUUAGUAGAAAAAGUUAAAUCUGAAAAGCAAGAACUAGAACAAAAACUUAUUGCUAAAAUUGAG